AUGGCCUUUCAGACCAAUGUGCUUCGUAACGGCCAGUGGGUGACCGAGACGGUUAAUCUGCAGGAUGCCCUCGGGGCGUCUUCUUCCGACAAACCUCGAUCUGACCCGAGCCUCCCAGAAGCGCCUACUCUAGGGCUCAUUACACGAACCGUCGUCGAAAGCCCCGUCACUAGAUGGAUUCUCCCACUAUCGAUCCGCUCCUCCAAGCAUCAGGAUAUUGCUUUCAUCGGGGAUCAUUUUGUCCAGAUCAGUGAGCUCGGCAAUGAUGGCCAAAUUCACCAAGUCCUUCGAAAGAAUGGCUUCGGGCCGAGAAUUCGAAAUGCUGCCGUUCUUGGCGUUUAUUCAGACUCUGGCAUAAUGAAUGGUGCCGUGGCAGUUGAUGUCAAGUCUGAGCACAGUGGUCUUCGCCAAUCACGCCAACCCGCUGCCCAGUGGCAUGACUCCUCGACAUCCCAUGCCGGUCUGCCUCCCCAAGUGCUGGUUCUAAUACUGGAGAAUGGCGACGCUGUCUUUCUGUUUCUACGGACACGUCCUGACUCGACACUUGAGUUUGUCGUCAGCAAGCACAAGCUGCCGAGACUGAUUCCCUACAUUGGCUAUCAUUUAGCCGUAGACCCAUCCUCUCGAUACAUGACUGCCUCCUCCCCCGAGGGUAUACUGAUUGUAUACGAGCUGCUGUCUUGGCACGAUCUCAAUUCACGAUAUGUAAAAGACGGCACCUUUUCUCCCAUCCGCCGGAUCCAUUUUCGCACCGUCCAGGGUCUCAUCCACAACAUGGAUUUCCUCUUUCCGCGCCCAGAGGACGAUUACCUCAUCAUAUUGUUACUUAUAGUCAUUCGCAGGGAGAGAGCUAAUGCGGAGCCCGUUUCAAGAAUGCUGACAUACGAUUGGGAACUCGGCGACGACAUCAAGACAGUUUUUCAAGAGGAAAAGACCGGAAACCGUUUGCCAGCUGAGCACAGGAUGCCAAUACUUUUGAUACCUCUCAAAUUCAAGACGGCCUUCUUCGCCGUCUCCAAGUAUGGUAUCGGUGUUGUCAAAAAUGCUCUAUCUGGCUCCCCGGAAUACGAACGACUGGGCAGCGACAUGCCAAAGCAAACGAAGUUUCACAACGGCAAGGGCGAGCCUUUAUGGACGGCGUGGACUCGCCCAGCCCGAACCCAGAUGGAAAAGAAUUCUUCCGAAUUUAUCUCCGGGCUGGGCCACGAGGGAGAUCGAAUUUAUGGCUUAUACGAGUGGCUCUACGUCAAAGAUGGCCGGACGUUUUCCUUUAUUCUUGUUACGACGAAGGAUGGCCGCCUCUUGAUAGUGUCAUUGAAAGAGUGUGAGGUAAUGACGGAAGAAGGACCGGUACGACGUCUCAAAUACUGGACACGAUACAAAAAAUGGGUCUCUGGACCUGUCAGUUCCAUCAUAGGCGAUGCCGAUGGUCUCGUGUUUUGCGUAGAUCGCACGCUGCAUUGGGAAGUUUUGGAUCUCGCCGAAAAGAAACUGAAGCCGAUGAAAGAAUAUCAGCUGGACUCUCCAGCGGUGCAGUUGAAGAUUGUCGAUGGCAAAGUUUAUGCUUUGACGUUGACAAACUCGCUGGAAAUCAUCGAUCACCGCGCAGGCACGGGCACUGCCAUGGCCCUCGUUCACACGGAUCAGGUGGCGAGGCGAACAAUUCACAUGUUAGAUAUUGGCGGCAACGUUGAAGGCUCAGAAGCAGGACCUAUUACGCUGCUGGCAGACUACAAGAAUGGCUUCGCGGGCAAGCUGGAGCCGGCCACCAUGGGUGGCUGCGAACCGACGCGCACGGUAUGGCGCGUUGCGUAG